AUUUCAUUAUCGUCAUAAAAAGCCAUAGCCCACAAAAGAAGCAAUAAAAAAACAACAGCUUAAUCAUCAAGAAUACACACACACAAAUCCCUAGCUAUAUAUUUUCUUAAGCAUCCACCAUGCAACGUAACAUGGCAAUGAGCUUCUUCCAACGCAGGUUUUUCAGCCAGCAAAGGCGAACACAAAUGGUGGCAAGGCGAGUGGUGGAGCCGUGUGAUGUGUUCCUGAACCACAGGUGCAUGGACACAAAGAAAACAGUGGCUACUUUGCUCUAUGACCAUUUGAAGAGACACGGCUUCAACCCUUUCUUGGACAACAAGAACAUGAAGCCAGGGGACAAACUGUUUGAGAAAAUCAAUAGGGCUGUUAUGGAGUGCAAGAUUGGAGUGGCGGUUCUCUCGCCACGCUACACCGAGUCCUAUUUUUGCCUACAUGAGCUUGCACUUCUUCUGGGCUGCAACAAGAAGGUCAUUCCCAUCUUCUGCGACGUUAAGCCUUCGCAGUUGCGCGUUCUCAGCAACCCUAAGUGGUCUGAAGAUGAAGUUCGACGAUUCAGAUUGGCUCUUGAGGAGGUUAAGUUCACCGUUGGACUCACGUUCAACUCCUCAAAAGGGAACUUUUCCGAAAUUGUGAAUAAUAGUUGUGACAUCAUCAUUGGCAGCAUGAUAGAGCUCCAGAAUGAAGAGCGGAUGCAGCGUAAAAACUUGCCAAUUCCUCUUUAGAACCACGACGACUUCAGAGUGUUGAAGAUUUCUAACCAUAUAUAUACUUGAUCUGGAAAUAAUCCUUUCCUUGUCAUCAGUAUAAUAUGUUUUACACCAUAUCCUUCUAUUAAUUAUCUGUUAAUAAGGUCAUAAAUACCUAAUAAUUGUUUGUUCACUUCAUUGAUUUAAUUCUUAUUUCAAUAAAUUCAUAAUAAAUAACAUUUUUGUACCAUGUAUGAUUCAGCAAAAGCAAUGUAAAGUGCCUCUGUUUUUGCAAUUAUACUGCUGCUGUUGUAUUCUUUUAGUUAAAAGUAAAUAAAAAGGUGUAUCUCGCUUGUUGGAAAA